AUGUUUAAACUCAUCAUUGCUUUAUCAUUAUUCCUUGCCAUUCAAGGUCAACUUGUUGGUGGUUUUACAGAUCGACCUGAUCUUAUUAAAAGUCCAGUUACACGAGAUAUGGUCAGAUUAGCAACUAGUGAAUUAGAAAAAUCACAAAAUCUUGCUGUAUCACCAUUCAAUAUUGUUAGUGUAGCAACUCAAGUUGUUAAUGGAAUCAACUAUCGUAUUGUUUUCACAGCUCGUCCAUUUUCAUCAGAUGCUAUUCUUAUGUGCACAACUAAAAUUUAUAAACCAAUCCAUGGCGCACAAUCCGUUUCUUCAGUUCAUUGUUCUUAA